AUGCAGCUUCACAAAGCUUUGACGCAUAUACUGCCGAUUUCGCAGUUUGUGAUUUCUGACCAUUCCCAGGUUGAUAAACGAGACCUAGCUCACUCGGAGCCGCACUAUCCUUCACCAUGGAUGAACCCAAACGUGCCAGGAUGGGAAGAGGCCUAUGCGAAGGCUAAGGAGUUUGUCUCCAAGCUCACUCUUGCGGAGAAGGUCAAUUUGACCACCGGUGUUGGGUGGGAAGGCGAGCAAUGUGUUGGCCAAGUCGGUUCUAUUCCACGAUUAGGAUUCCGCAGUCUGUGUAUGCAGGACUCGCCGUUAGGCAUUCGGUUUGCCGAUUAUGUUUCAGCUUUUUCCUCUGGCCAAACCGUGGCGGCUUCUUUCGACAGAGAAUUGAUGUAUAAGAGAGGAAAUGCUAUGGGUGUUGAGAAUAGGAUUAAAGGCGUCGAUGUCAUGCUGGGUCCUGUCGCUGGUCCUCUUGGUCGUGCACCGGAAGGUGGACGCAAUUGGGAAGGCUUUUCCCCCGAUCCUUACCUGACCGGUGUUGGGAUAGCCGAGACGAUUAAGGGAAUCCAGGAUGCUGGUGUCGUUGCUUGCGCUAAGCAUUUCAUUGGAAAUGAGCAGGAGCACUUCAGACAAGUCGGUGAAUCACAAGAUCGCGGUUACAACAUCUCGGACACCAUUUCGUCAAAUGUUGACGACAAGACCUUGCACGAACUCUACCUUUGGCCUUUCGUUGACGCUGUGAGAGCUGGCGUGGGAUCAAUUAUGUGUUCUUAUAACCAAGUCAACAACUCAUAUGCCUGCCAGAAUUCAAAAAUGUUGAACAACAUCCUUAAAGGCGAGUUAGGGUUCCAAGGAUUCGUCAUGAGCGAUUGGCAAGCUCAGCAUUCCGGCGCAGCCAGCGCUGUAGCUGGACUCGAUAUGACUAUGCCCGGAGACACAGUCUUCAAUUCCGGAUUUAGUUUCUGGGGAACGAACUUGACUCUUGCAGUAUUGAACGGUACAGUGCCCCAAUACAGAGUUGAUGAUAUGGCGAUGAGAAUUAUGGCUGCCUACUUCAAGGUUGGCAGGACUGUGGAGGAUCAAAUUCCGAUUAGCUUCGAUUCCUGGACCCGAGACACAUAUGGCCCUAUACAUUUUGCCGCGAGUGAGGGCUACCAACAGAUCAACUGGCAUGUCGAUGCUCAAGAAGAUCACGGUGACCUUAUCCGUGAAAUAGGCGCUAAAUCCACUGUCCUGCUGAAGAAUGCGGGCGCUCUUCCGCUUAAGAAGCCAAAGUUCCUCGCAGUAAUCGGCGAAGAUGCAGGCCCUAACCCACUGGGUCCGAACGGAUGCUCGGAUAGAGGUUGCGAUCAGGGUACUCUCGCCAUGGGUUGGGGUUCGGGAACCUCCGAUUUCCCUUACUUAGUUACUCCUAUCGACGCAUUGCAAUUCCAGGCUCUCGAAGACCGCACUCGCAUCGAGGCUGUCCUCAACAACUCCGCGUCAAGCACAAUUGAGACGUUGGUCAAGCAAGAAGGCGCAACUGCUUUGGUCUUUGUCAAUGCGGACUCCGGAGAAGGAUAUAUUGAGGUUGAUGGGAACGCAGGCGACCGCAAGAAUUUGACUCUUUGGGGCAAUGGCGAUGAACUCAUCAAGAAUGUUUCGUCAUGGUGUAACAAUACGAUUGUCAUUAUUCACUCCGUCGGGCCCACUCUUGUCACAGAUUGGUACGAUUCGCCCAACGUCACGGCUAUCGUGUGGGCUGGUUUACCCGGUCAAGAGAGUGGUCGUUCAAUCGUAGACGUUCUCUACGGUAAGGUCAACCCGGCUGGUCGAACACCCUUCACUUGGGCAGCGAAGCGAGAAGACUACGGAACCGACAUUCUUUACGAACCCAACAACGGCAAUGGUGCCCCCCAGCAAGAUUUUACUGAAGGCGUAUUUACGGAUUACCGGGCCCUAGACAAGGCUGAUAUCAAACCCAUCUUCGAGUUCGGAUUUGGAUUGUCAUACACGACAUUCGAAUAUUCAGACAUUCAGGUCGAGAAGACUAACGCCAGUCAAUACAAGCCUACUACUGGCAAGACAGCCGAAGCCCCGGGUUUUGGCAACUAUUCAACUGAACUUGAAGACUACCUUUUCCCGGAGUCUUCUUUCCCGUACAUUUGGCAGUACAUCUAUCCUUAUGUGAACACCACAAAAUCGCUCAAGGAUGCAUCGAUGGAUCCCGAGUUUGGUAAGAGUGCGGAAGAGUUCCUACCGCCAGGAGCUACGGACUCCGACGCACAGGACCUCAACCCGGCUGGUCCAAGUCUAACCGCCGAAUCUGGCGGCAAUUCCCAGUUGUUUGAUGUCUUAUACACGGUUACCGCGCAGAUUGCCAACACAGGUAACCUAGCGGGUGAUGAAGUUCCACAAUUAUACGUCUCCCUUGGUGGAGAGGAUGAUCCUAAAAUUGUCCUCCGUGGCUUUGACCGCAUUACCAUCGAACCGGGCUGCUCGGCGACUUUCCGCGCAGAGCUCACGCGUCGUGAUCUAAGCAAUUGGGAUGUAGAGACCCAAAACUGGGUUAUCACCAGCUCCCCGAAGACCGUGUAUGUUGGAUCCAGCAGUCGGAAACUACCGCUGAAGGCUACGCUAUCAUAA